UGCCGUUUCGGCAGAACUUACUGGCUCUGGCUGUCAUUAGUGUGCGACUGGGCUGCAGAGUUAGAAGGAAGGAGAGUCGUGGUGUAGCGAUGGAUUCGGUGGAGGAUCUGUUUGAAGGAAUCGUAAUGUCCGAGGAGAGGUUUCAUGGUGAGGGAUACGAGGAGGGGUUUGCUGAAGGACAUCACGUCGGCGAGCUUGAAGGCAAGCAAUAUGGCGCUAACUACGGCGCGAGAGCAGGAUCCGAGCUUGGCUGUUACUUGGGCUUUGCAUCUACUUGGAAACAUCUUCUUUCAUCCGGCUCGGAUGACAGACACAGCAAGAAAAUAAAGACUCUGGAUUCAUUAAUAAGAAUGAUUCAAACAUUUUCAUUUGAUGAUCCAACGAAUGAUAAACUCCAGCAAGAAAUGGCCAUGAUCCGUGGAAAGAUGAAACAGAUUUGCUCCAUGUUGAACACGCAGCCUGACUUUAAAAUGAGUAAUGAUGGAGCCGGACUAUCGUUCUGAGCUAAAGUCAUUUGCAACAUCACCAGAUCCUUUGUUGGAGAACGGGCUUUGUCCUACGCUGGCGAGAGGGCAAAAAUUGUCCUGUGGGAUUGCAAGUGUAGUUUUCGGAGCAGCCGA